AGUGAAGUGUUACAAUGAACAAAUAUAUUAAAUGUUCCCUUCAUUUGCAGCUCCACUACUGUUCCUGUUGCUGUUGAUUCAAUGCCAAAAGUUCUUGAAUCAGAUAAUGCUGAUGCUAAGACUAAUAUAGUUGCUGGAUCUUCUCCUCCGUCAUCAGAGCCAGCUGUUUCAUCUGCAGCAUCGACAUCAUUGUUGACAUCACCUGCUAAUAUAUUUACUUUUAGCAACAGAUUAAAUCAAGAUAAUGGACGUGUUGCUUCAAGCGCUACAUUUCCAUCUAUUGGUACAAAUAGUUUUAGUCAGAAUAUAUCCAGUAGCUCUUCCCUUGCCGCAAGCAGCAGCAGCAUUAGUCCCACAACAACUUCCUCUAGCACUAGCAUGACAACUAGCACCCCGAGCAGUUCCUCCACCCAAGUGGUGGCAUCUUCAGCAAGCAGCAGCAGCAUUAGUGCCACAGCAACUUCCUCUAGCACUAGCAUGACAACUAGCACCCCGAGCAGUUCCUCCACCCAAGUGGUGGCAUCUUCAUAUCCUACAACUUCCUUCAAAUUUGGAUCCACUCCUUUAUCAUCAACAAGUUUACCUGUAUCAUCGUCUGGCUCAGAACCAGUGGAAACCAAGAGCAGGCAGGAUGGAGGAAUUGGUAAUCUAGGCAGUACUGCCUUUGGAAGCUCUUCUGCUGCUGUUGGUAGCACAGGGAGUGGCAUUUUUGGGUUGAGUUCCCCGGUAAUGACCACUAUAUAUAGCCAGUCUCAGGGUUCUGUCUUUGGCACUACAAGUGGGUCUGUCCUUGGUAUGCUGGCACCUUCUGCUACUAGUGGUUUUACAACUUCUACUCAGAAUCAGUCAGUGGGAUUUGGUUCAUCUGCAUCAUCCCCAUUGUUUGGGUUGACUUGGAAUACAACUUUUUCUUCAGGGAGUUCAUUGUUUACUUCUUCAAGUACCAGCGCUAGUAUUUUCAACUCUGGUACAACUUCUGGACAAAGUACCCUUGCUUCCGGCAACCCUGUUACUUUUAGCUCCAAUAGUAGUUCAAGUUCUACUUUGUUUGGACUUUCUAGUUGGAAGCCCAGCAAGCCCAGCACCUCUGGGUUUGUUUUUGCAACAUCCACUCCUCUUGCUUCUACCAGUUCACCCAUAUUUGGAUCUUCCACUGGUGCAUCUAGUCCUCAAUUCGCAUUUACUUCAGCUGCAGCUAUUACCAACAUGCAGCCUGCUUUUGGAAGUGCUAGUCCUGUAUUCACAUAUGCUUCAGCUUCUGCUAAUAAUGAUCAGAUGAGCAUGGAGGACAGUAUGGCUGAGGACACAGUUCAAGCAGGUCCGCCCGCCACUCCUGUAUUUGGUCAACAACCUCCCCCAAUUAAAUCAGAUUUUGUAUUUGGAGCAUCAACUCCAACCGGAGCGAAUCCUUUCCAGUAUGCGAGUCAACAGAAUAUUGCUCCACAGAACCCAUCUCCAUUUCAGGCUUCUGGCAGUCUAGAAUUUAAUGCUGGAGGGAGUUUCUCAUUGGGCACUGGUGGUGGUGACAAGUCUGGUCGAAAAUUUGUGAGAGUUAAACAUAAGCAGCGUAAGAAGUAAGACCAUUUUUUCUGAAAAUUUUCUGUCACUGCUGCAGUCUGCACUUAGUGCUACAAAUGAAUAAACUCUUAAAAGGGGUGAAUGAUUCCUUAAUUUGGCUGUUCAGUUAGCAAUCUGGACAAAUGAUGCUAUGAAAGCAAAUCAACAUAUGCAAGCUUGUCAGUCUCGUGUCUUGCUUCUUAUAGAAUGCAAGGCUUAGCUUUUCACAAUUUUGUAAUAGUAUGAUGUGAUUGAACAUAUCUGCUGUACUUGUAAUGGUUUUAGGUCAUAGUUCAAGAUCAAGAUUUGGUCAGUUAUGAUGUUGUCAAAAUCCCUGUAUUUUCGUUAUUUGUAUCAUAGCCAGAAAUAGGCAUGAAUUUAUGGCUUAGCUGGUUGUCGCAUAACUUACAAUUUAUGGUGUAGCAAUUAGUACUCAUGUAUUCUGUAUUGUAACUUUGUAUAAACAAGGCCGUUUAAAAAUAAGAAAGAAAAAUAUACCCACAAAAAAGAGAGAAAAGAGCGAGAGAAAGAACUUACUUGGGAUAGUGUGACCAUUGUAUAAGAGCGAGAGAAAGAAGCUAUUUAACGUGAUAAAUGGUUUCUUUAAUUAUUUGCCUGAUCAAAUACCUGAUA